AUGAGUCAAGAAAGCUCCGAUCUUCCUCCGGAGGGCAUUUCGUCGCUUCUCGAUACCGAUCUAUAUAAGUUAACGAUGCAAUGUGCUAUCCUGAAGUACUUUCCCGGUGUUUAUGUGACAUAUGGCUUCACCAACCGUACCCCGCAGAUGAAAUUGACGCGGGGAGCCUAUAAGUGGCUUUUAGCGCAGGUCUCUAAGCUCGCCAAUAUUCGAGUUACGAACGAAGAGAUCGCCUUCCUGAAGAAACAAUGUCCCUACUUCAGCAACACAUACCUUGACUUUCUGACUACUUUUAAACUCAACCCCCCGGAGCAGCUUGAGAUCAAGUACACUCCUGUGGACGACACUGGUAGCGAUGACGACGUGGGUGAUGUCGAGUAUAUUGUCAAAGGUCUCUGGCUUGAAACGAUCCUUUAUGAGAUCCCGCUUCUUGCCCUGACUAGUGAGGCGUAUUUUAUGUUUUCUGACAGGGACUGGGAUUACAGUGGCCAAGAGGACAAGGCAUACCGCAAGGGACUUACGCUUUUGAAGAACGCUUGUGUGUUUUCGGAGUUUGGGUCGAGGCGACGUCGCAACUACCACACUCAAGACCUGGUGAUGGCUGGACUAUGUCGGGCUGCAAAGGAGGCGAAGAACAAGGGCUUCAGAGGAGUAUUUACAGGAACAAGUAAUGUGCACUUCGCGAUGAAAUAUGAAGUCAAUCCUGUGGGCACGGUUGCUCAUGAAUGGUACAUGACUAUUGCUGCGAUCACAGAUGAUUACCAGAAUGCCAACGAGCUGGCCUUACAGUACUGGCUUGGCUGCUUCGGUGAAGGGGUGCUGGGAAUCGCCUUGACCGAUACGUUUGGGACACCUGCGUUCCUCGAUGCUUUCCGGAAACAAAUAGCUGCACCCGUUAAUAACAGCGAGGCUCCGCAUACUCCCAAAACGUACGCUCAGGUAUAUAAUGGUGUUCGCCAAGACUCUGGUGAUCCGGCGCAGUUCGUGAAAUUGGUGCGAGAUUUCUACAAUAGAGAGGGUGUGAAGGACCAGAAGGCUGUCGUUUUCUCCGACUCGCUAAAUAUUCAGCUCUGCCUUGAAUACAAAGUCAUUGCAGAAGAGGCUGGUUUUCAACCAGUAUUUGGAGUCGGGACCUUCUUUACCAACGAUUUCACAAAUAAAGUCACUGGUGAAAAAUCAAAACCGCUAAACAUCGUCAUCAAGAUCUCCACGGCAAAUGGCCGUCCGGCUGUUAAAUUAAGCGAUAACGUAGGCAAGAACACGGGGGACAAGGAGAAAAUAAAGGCUGUGAAGAAGCAGCUUGGAUAUGUCGAGCAACAAUGGGAGCAGGGCGAUGAGACCAACCGAUGGAGCAAGCAGUAG